UCUUGAAUACGAUUACGACGUUUUCACUUUUUAUAUUUGUUUAGGCCCAACUUGAAGCUAGUCAUUAACACCUCAAUUACCAAAAAAUGUUGACGUCGCGCUUGAACCUCUGGCCGCGCCUUCAGUUACUGCGCAAAUGCAGCACUACAUCAUUGGGCCAACAGAAACAGGCAGCCGUCGAAAUCCACGAUCCUUUGCAGGCGCACGCCCUCAAAGAGCAGUGCAUUCUGGUCGACGAGCACGACAAGGCCAUUGGAGCUGCCACCAAGGCCGACUGCCAUCGUGUGCAGCCCGGAACGGGUGACGUAAAGCUGCAUCGCGCCUUCAGUGUGUUUCUGUUCAAUUCGAAGGGCGAGAUGCUUGUACAAAGGCGCUCCGUGCACAAGAUUACUUUUCCAGACACAUAUACGAAUGCCUGCUGCAGCCAUCCCUUGCAUGACAUCGAGCAGGAGCGACAGGAGUCGAAUGCCCUGGGCAUACGUUUGGCGGCCCAACGUCGUUUGAACUACGAACUGGGCAUACCCACAGAUGAAAUAAAGCCCGAGAACUUUAACUACCUAACGCGCAUACACUAUGCCGACAGAGGGGACGGCGUCUGGGGAGAACACGAGAUUGACUAUAUACUCUUCCUCCAAAAGGAUGUCACACUAAAGCCCAAUGCCAACGAGGUCAGCGAGGUGCGCUUUCUGAAACGCGACGAAAUCGACGAAGCGAUAGCUAAAUUUAGUGCACCCUUGACCCCCUGGUUUGCAUUAAUAUUGCGUCAUCGGCUCAAACAAUGGUGGGACAAUUUGCAUAGACUAAAACAGUUGGAAGACUUGCAAAAUAUACAACGCUUUUGAGAACUCAACACACAAUACACGAUCGAAGACGCUGCAAGAUGUUGCAAUCAAGCCAAAAAUAUAUAUGUGGAACCUCAGUUUUGUUAUACCUUUGCCAGCGAAGUAGACAUUGCCAACAUCAUAAAGUACUAUAAUACAUUCUUAACGGCCUAGUCGAUGUAGCCACUUUCUUCCAUCUAGUCUGUGCUACCGGAAGCUACCAUAGGCGUUAUUGGUCAAGGGUUAUUCAAUGAAUGCUUCUUUGUUUUUCAAGAUAUCUCAAUUAUAAUCACUCAUAAUCUCAUCAAUAUCGAACGAUUGUAUCAUAUUAUUGCCAUAGCACCGAUCAGCUGAAAGUAGAUUUUUUUAUGAAUUAUAUAAAUUUAAGUUAAGUAUAGAAAUAUGUCGCGCAUAUAUCAUAUAGAUAUAUAGAAAGUUCUUUAUAGUUUUUAUUUAAAUUCGCUUUAUUUGUAUUCAAAUGGAAAAUAGUGUGUGUUUGGGGUAUUCAUGCACCUCCGUUUAGUUGAUCAGUUCAGUACAACGUAUAGAGCAUCACAUAUGUUUGAAUAAUAUGUAAAUAUAACAAAAUAUAGUGUAUGUAUAUAUGGUGUAUGUAUUAUCAUAGCACUAGCUAAAUGUGUGUUGUUGAAUAUUAUAUAAAUAUAUAUAUAGCUCAUAAAAUGAUCA